AUGCCUGCCGAUUUCAAUGGCUAUUGGAAAAUGCUCAGCAAUGACAACUUUGAGGAGUAUUUGAAAGCACUAGGUAAGAUUCUUUUAUUUAUUUAUUUAAUUUAAUUUAUUACACAACCAUAGCUCCAUACCUUCUGGGCUGAAUCUGAUUCUUCUGUAACAUCAAUCACAUAAACAUUGUCCCACUUCACUGUAUAUGGCUUUUGUAUGAAAAUAUUUUGGUUUUACUGAGUUUCUUUAUUAAUAUUGCCAUGUCUAUUUUUUUAUUUAAAAAUGUGCCUCGACAAUAGGAAGAGCAAGAAAUAAAAUCCAGAAGUUACGUCUAUAUAAGCAUAAAUAUACACUUCUGAAUUAUCAAAAUUAAUUAUCCAGAAGUUAUCAUACAUUGCUGGUGUUAUAGCAAGCCUUUUACCUCAGGUAGUGUACAGUCUUAGAGACAGAACAGGAGUAGCAGAGCCUGAACUACAAAUUUGAUUAGGAAACUCAUUGAACAGGUAUAUUAUACCUAUAGUAGCACUUCUUAAGUAAUAAUUUUCAGUUGAAUGUAUUUUUAAAGUUUUAUAGCAACUUUCACACAUCCACACUAGACAUGGCUUAUCCCAAAGAAUCCCAGGAACUGUAGUUUGUUAAGGUUGUUGACAGUUGUUAAGAGAACCCCUCACAGAGCUGCAAACCCCAGCACCUAUAGCAACCUAUGGUUGCCGGGAUUCUUUGUGGGAAGCCAUAUUUGUUGAAGUGGUAUGACAGUGCCUUACAGUGUAGAUAUGAGCUUUAGGAAAUGCAAAGGAAGAAGGGUUCUGGAAAGGCAUAUAGUCAAAGUAAAUAUAAACAAGAUUAUGCAUAAUAGUCGUCAUACCAUCAGGUGAAGCACAUACACAGAUGAGUUGAUACGUAAAUUCAACAAAAUCCAAAUUGCUUGGCCCAAAUCUUAGGCAAAAGUAUCUAUAUAUGUUGACAAGAUUAUCAUUUCAUUCUGUGUGGGGAUAAGUAUUAAAACUUCCUCACUUUGUAUUGAACUACAAGUUUAUUUUUUUAAAGAAAAUUUUCAGAGCUACUCCAGAGGUUUGAUCUUUACAGAACUCUUUUCUGGUCUCUUUCUUUCCUUCAGAUGUAAAUAUUGCUGUGAGAAAAAUAGCUAAUAUGCUCAAACCGGACAAAGAGAUCAUUCAAGAUGGCGAUCACAUGAUCAUUAAGACACUAAGCACUUUUAAAAACUACAUCAUGGAUUUUGAUAUAGGGAAGGAAUUUGAGGAGGAUUUAACAGGGGUGGAUGAUCGCAAAUGCAUGGUAAGAAUGAGAACAGCAACUGUUUCAUGACAAACAAACAAAAAAAAGCUUCCAAACCCUGCGUCAUGUUGGUCACAGACAUUUUGCUGUGGUUUCCCCCCCCCCUCAGGAAACUGUUUGUAUUUGACAGCUGUAUUUAGGCAGAGUCUCAAGACUCAGUACAGACUUUACAUCUGAUAAAUGUGUUGGUAGACAUUAAGUCACUGUCCUUUAUUCAGGCUGCAGUCCUCCCACACACAUUUUCCUGGGAGCAAGUCCUAUUGAACAUAGUUGGAAUUGUGUCCUGCAUGCAUAGGGUUGCGCUAUGAAACUUGAAUUACAGUCGUACCUCAGGUUACAUACGCUUCAGGUUACAGACUCCGCUAACCCAGAAAUAGUGCUUCAGGUUAAAAACUUUGCUUCAGGAUGAGAACAGAAAUCUUGCUCCGGCGGCACAGCAGCAGCAGGAGGCCCUAUUAGCUAAAGCGAUGCUUCAGGUUAAGAACAGUUUCAGGUUAAGUACGGACCUCCGGAAUGAAUUAAGUAAUUAACCCGAGGUACCACUGUAUAUACAUUUGAUACUCAGUUGGGAGGUGAGUGUCUCUGUUUUGUUUUAUAAAGUAAGUAGUUUCCAUUCCUGUUUUGGUCAACACGUAUGCUUUAUUGCGUUUCUGUUAGACUUGCUUGUUGAAAUGGUGCUGCUGGCACAGUAUGAUCCCACUUGUCUUGUGUCGAGUAGCAGAAGCAAGGCAAUUGCUGCCUCUUGCCCACCUUUUGCUAACAAUUCCGAAUAAGCCCAGAGAGACAGCACAUGCUUUAAACAGCUAUUUAUACCAGAAACAGAAGCAUCAUCCUUAACAGAAGUAGACAGCACCAAGAAUUCUCCCCUGUGAGCUCUUAGCUUUUGACAAGGAAACAAUACUGUGUGGCUCAUAAGGAGGAAUACCAAUUAGCAGCACAGUCUCGCUAAUACCAAGCUGCUUAGCUGAGUCAGAGCCUGACUGCUGUCCUUUCAUUUACUCUGAGAGCAAGAUACUGCUAAAAGAGUAAAGGUUCCCAAAGUGAAAAUGCACGAGGUUAUCUGAUUGAGGGAGGCAUUUUUAAAAAGAGAGACAUUAAAACAGUAGACUCUCACAUUCAUAGUGAGGUGCUCCCUGCUCUAGCCUUGGAACAGCAGAAAUUUCCUCUUUGUCCCAUGACAAUGGAAAAAUGGAAGAAUUUUGAAAUACAAGGAAAGGGGGCAUGUGUUGCCUGCCCAACUAGGUAGGUUUGGCUACCAAACAAGAAUGCAAAGCACAGAGACAAUGCUUGUUUCGGCAAUAGCCCUCAUCUGACAUUUGGAAAUAGGAACAGGUGAAUCAAUUCUGGUUUCUCUCAGUUUCCCUCUUUUCCCAGCUUCCGCUCUGGUCAAUGUGUAAAUUAUGUUGUUGCUGCUCCUUCCACAGGCACAGGAACAUUUUUUCAUCUGAGGGUGGGUGCAUUCAAAUUAAUGCCAGUCAUGCAUUGAUAUGGGGACAUGUGUCUAGGAUUUAAGGCUAGCCAAUGUUCUUGAAAGCCCAUUCACAUGUUUGUAACUGAUCAUCUAAAGAGGGCUAAUGUGAUGCUGCAGUUCAGUCUGUUGGAGAAUCUGGUUUUAUCAGGGCUUUCAGCUCUACUUUUCAGAUGCCCUAGGUUCUGCACAUCUCUAUCCCGCUGGUUAAAGUUGAAAGCUGGGAGCUCAAAAUCCAGUAAUGUUAAAUGCAGCAUAGAUUUAGGUGAGAAAGCUUAGUUAUUUCUUAAGGUAUUGGCAUGGGCAUAUUUGAGGAAACAGCAUCCACUUAAAAAGAGUCAAGCAAUGGCCAAUUAGUGCAAUUCUUCACUGGGUACAUGCUCAGUCUUCAUCUGACAUGCCAGAAGGUGCAGAUUCCGAUGGUCAUGCUUAAAGUGGCUUAUCUGUACAUUUUAUACAAAGCAAAGAAUGAUUGACCACAAAAGCUUGUGUAGGAGGACUAGUCCACGCAGAAGUUAAAAUCAAAUGGCUUUUAAUAAUUUUUUUAAUCAGUGGCUCCCAAUUCGCUAAGUACUGUGGACCCCCUGUUUUUCAAAAUCCAAUCCAUUGACCUCCCUACUUAUGAACAUUUUGACAUCUCUGUGGUGGUUUUUGUUAUGUGGAUGGUGCCAUGGACCCCCUAGGUGGGUUACACAGACUCCCAGUUGAGAACCACUGCUUUAAACAGUUUGAAAACCCAGAUACAGAACCCACACACAAUGUGACUAAUGGAAGCAAGGGCUGAAUAUGAUUUGCUAUUGCUUAUAUUAGCUACAUUGUGUCCCUUUGAUUGGUAAUCUAGAGUGCCUUAGAUCCAUUAGUGUUGAGCUGAGUUAUUUUUGGCAUGAAUGGGAUCUGAAACUAGCUACUUUCGUUUCAUCCAUUAAGCAUUUCACAAUGAAAGAUGAAUAAAUUCUAUAGUAUUGGAAUUAUUUUCUGUAAAAGACAGCAGUUGCAGAGUUUUAAAGAUUAGACAACCUAUUAUAUCUUCUGCUUCCCAGUAAAAUAAGGCACAUAUUGUCAAAUAAACUGAAGGUAAAGCUAAUGCUGUGUUUGCCAACCUUUUUCUAACUGUGCCCUCCAAGGACGUAGCCAGGGGGGCAGCUGCUCAAAUCUGAGGAUCUGCCCCACCCUAAAAAAGCCUGCCCCCUUAACAAAAACCCUGGCUAUGCCCAUGACCCCCCCCCCCAGCCUACUGGUAGAAAGGCAGCUAUUUAAAUAUUUUGUUUGUAAACAGAACACGUUUUAUUUAUAAUUUAUACAAGACACAAUUACAUAAAAUGAUAGGAACAUAAUGAAAUAUUGUUGGAGCAGAAAAAUGUAGAAACAUGGAGCUGGAAGGGACCCCAAGGGUCAACUUUCUAGUGCAACGUAGGAAACUUAGCAAAUGCAUCCAUGACAGAUGGCCAUCCAACCUCUGCUUAGAAACCUCCAAGGUAGGAGAAUCCAGAAUCUCCCAAGAGAGGUCCAUCUUCCAUGUGUUAUAAAAAGUAAACAACACUUAUUUGACUCCAGUUAUUUGACACGGAGGGGAAAGCUACAGAUAGCAGUCCAAAAGCUGCACAGGGAGUUCUGUAUAUAUGGGGAAAUUUUAAAAAGCAAGUGGUCCUCACUGAUCUGGAGACCUUGUCAUCUGGAAGAGCCCUGGCUGCCUAGAUAAAACACUAUAGCCCCACAUGUCCGUACCUGGGAGUAAGGUCCACUGAACUCAAUGCGGCUUUCUUGUGAGUAGGCAAUUAGUAAUUUACUAGAUGCAAGUCAGCAGCAGCACCAGACGACCCCACUCAGCUAGGCUCUGGGGUGGAUUUCACCCCACGCCUUGCAGAGCUGGGCCGACGCUGCUGACAGGCCUACGCCCCUUGGCAACACCCAAAGGCCCCGAUCCUAAUUGCCCCCUCCUUCUGGAAAUAAACCAGGACUGCUUGAAGAAAAUGCAUGUGGCAAAAAGCAGUGUUAGGCCCUAGUUGGCCGUCCCCUUACCCACUUGUGAUUGGCCAAGCAGAUAGCCAGCCAGGACUUUAAAAAAAAAAAAAUAUGAUUUUUCCCCCUUCUCACUUCCCUCUGCGGCCCCCCAGGCUUUCACAGUCCCCCCACCCACCCAUUGAUGCGACUUUCACCUGUGGACCCCUUGAAAUAUCCUGGGGGCCCCCAGGGGACCAUAUGGCCCUCAUUUGGGAAACACUCAGCUAAGGAGAGGCAGGAAUGGUCAGAUUAAGGUGAUUGGGAGCCCUGGCACAAUUCCUGACCCACCCCAUCCCCACUCAAAAGGGAGAAGUCACUUCCCAUUGCCAUGGGGUGCUGCUGCAUACUGAGGAGGAAGAAGGCAGACUUAGAGGUCUGCUACACACUUCACACCUCCCCUUUUUGAUAAGUGACAGGGACCCAGGAAAGCAACAGCUGCACCACCCACCUCUUUGGGAGUGUAAGGAGCUGCAAAGGGGUAGGGAUUGAAAGUGCUGUGUGGGGUUAGGGGCUGAAGAAGAGUUAAGGGGUUGAAGGAGCUGUGAGGGGCUGGGAAUUCCUUGGGGUUACGUGGGGUUGGCGAGCAAAGUGAGCAGGGGUGGAGCCCUUAGUAGUACAAUAACCAGUGUCUGCAUUUUAAGACUCUCUCAAACCAUAGGUAAGCAGUGGGAGCAGCCUCUGCGCCUCCCCCAAUCAGUGGCAGCUCUUGUGGAAAAGCAACGUUAUUUUUCAGGGGACUGCACAUUCCCUUAGAACAAAGAUUAAAGGUAUUUUGUUAAGCAUUAGAAGUAAUGUACGCCACAGGAACAAAAUCAAGUUGUCUUCUGUGAGAUUUAAUGCCCAUGUUUUCUGGGGAUACAGUUGCUUCACAUCACCAAAGUACAGCUUCCUGCCAAAUUGGAACUGACUAACCCGGUCUUUCCUUUGAUACAGCUGCUAAAAUAGGUUGUCACUUAAUUUUGUUCAUUACUUUCUUUUUCUCUCUGAACGGUUGAAACCCAAGCUGUUUCCAUCCUUGACUUGAUGAACAGAGGUCCUAGGCCUGCAGCUCUGCCACAAGGGAGGUAGUUAAGGAAUCACUUGAGGAAAUGUACUGAGAGUCACAUAUAAAAUCAAGAGUCCUGGCUCAAAAGCAGAAGUAGCACUUUACUUGGACUUUGGUGCAUAACCUUUGUGCUCAGUUUAGUCCUCCUUAAUGUAGACCCACAACACAUACAGACAUUUUCAUUUUGAAAGGGCGCUGAGCUUAUACCAUCACCCCUCCUAGUUCCAGACUUGGUUAAUUUCCUAUUUGCAGUCUGCAUAGAUGGAUGCCAAUUCCCCAAGGUAUCUCCUUGAACUACACAGUUGCCAAACAUGUCCAGUGCUGACAAGGAGUGAAGGACAUGAGGCAGGAGUUGAUAAUGCAGAUGAGUUGCACACAGGUGAGCUGCAAGCAAGCUGCUGGCCAGCUCUGUGGAGGCUCCUUUUAUUGACACAAUAUGCAAACCCAGGCAGAUACAUUUUGGGCUGUGACCUUUACACAUAUUCCAGUCCCGAGAUCGUGGGGUGGUACAAAGUUAUUUUUGCACCUGUUUCCACCGCGUCAAUUUCCCCCUGCACAAUGUAUGAUGAAAGAGACAAAGGUCUCAGAGACAAAGGUCACAGACAGGACACGGCAGACUACUGAGACCACAAAAGGUUAGACAGAGGGCAAGAUGUUCAGACAGUUGUGGCUUUAGCUGUGAGGGGGAGUGUGCUCCGCACCCCAAGGUCACGCAUGCAGACAGCUGAGGCUGCCCGCGGGUGGGAAUGUGCUCCACAACCCAGCGAUCAUUCCUACUCUGACACACACAGUCAUCUCCUGUGCAGUUUCAAAAAGCCAAGGGAUCCUCAGAGCUGUUUUCUGCUAAUGCAACAGCUCAUACCUGCUAAUAUUUAAAAGUAUGGAAGCAAGUAGUUUGGGUAGUGGCCUCACUGAUACACACCCAACUCUCUCUCUCCCUCUUGCAGUGUAGCAUAAUAGUGUGACAAAAUUAUAAUAUUACUACAUGUCACUUUGCUGCUUGGAUCCUAUGCAGAUAGCAUUUAUCACCAUGCUUUCUGAAAUACAAGGUUGGGGCCAUAGUAAGUAAACACGGCUGUAGCAAACAAGAAACAGUGGUGAUUGUACCAGGUGCAGGUAAUUCUGUGAAAAUAUACCACUAGCUCAAAACAGGAAUUAUUAGCAAGACUACAAUCUACUGGGAUUUAGGAUCUAGUCACAUGACUAUGAAGGCACAGGGUGACCAUAGAAAAAGCCUGUAUAUUAUGCCUCUUAGUCCAUGGAUAUAAUGCUGUGCCUAGGUUUUGAUUCAUCAUGCGUGUUGAAUCUUUUGCUGUGAUAUUGCCCAUGGUGGAUACAACCAGUUUGCUGUGAGUUGAAAGCACUACAUGCAGCCUUUUCAGUCACUUACCAUGACCACCACAGAUCCACUGGUAGUGUGGCUAGGCCCUUAAGGAGGACAAUAUUAUCCAGCCAUUUCCUUAGACAGGAAAGCAAUAACAUGGCUCCUAAUUGCUUCCAGAAUCAGAAAUCAGGUUUGGGAAAGAUGAAUUAGAAGAAAAAAAUGCAACUACUGUGCAGAACCAGCAUGAAGCAAGUAUAGCAACAGCAUGCAGGGGAAGAUAUGGGUUAGUAACUAGCCCAACAUUUUUUAAAAAAAAGUCAAUUAAAUGUCUGGUCUUUUUGAACAUGAAAUGUCAUUUUGAAAAUGCACAUGACAAAAAGAGAGAGAAAUACCACAAUACAACUUGAUCACUAAUAGAGGGAGCAUAGGGAAAAUGAAAUGCCAGUUACAGUCCUUAGUGUAUCAUGGCUGACUUCGUGAGACCAUUAGAAUAAAACAGCAUGAAGUGAGGCUCAUUAACACUUAAGAGAAUUUGGAUAUGAAGGUUGUCCAACUGAAUCAUGGGACUAAAAAAUUCAUCUUUAUUUUGUUUGGAGGGUGGUCAGAAGCUUGAAGGGUUUGCACAUAGGAGGAACAUGCCAUCGUGCCAUUACGUUAUUAUUAUUAUUUUAAGUGGAAAUCCUUGGUUGCUGUGCUUGCUGAGUAAGUUUGGUUGCUUCCAGAUGACCUGUUUAUGGAGCAUCCAUCCUGAUUUGUUUGUCUAACCCCCCUGCAAGCUUUGUGCAAUCUUGGCUCUUUAUCGGGCAUUCAUUCUGAUUUAUUUCUGUGGAGGUUAUACGAUGUUGUAUCAAGCAAAUUGUCAUUCCAUACUUUCCAGUGCAUUUCCCUAUCAUUUUCCUAAUUGCAAGUAGUCCGAUCUGGGGGCGGGGCAGAUUUGUUACAUAAGAGCACCAAAUCAUCUUUAAUUACACAAUUUGAGAUUGAUUGUUGCUAUUUUGGGAUGAGAUUCAUUUGGAAAACACCCUUAGUUCAUACUCAUGCCCUCUUAGAUUUUAUUGCUUUUUGCUGCUCCAGAGGGUAGGACGUGAGCCAAUGGAUUCAAGUUAGAAGAAAGGAGAUUCUGACUAAACAUCAGGAAUAACUUUCUGAUGGUAACAGGCUGUUUGACAGUGGAAUGGACUCCCAUGAUAUGUGGUGGAUGUUUUUAAGCAGAGGUUGGAUAGCCAUCAGCCAUGGAUGCUUUAGUUGUGAUUCCUGUAUUGCAGAGGAUUGAUCUAGAUGACCCUUGGGGUCCCUUCCAACUAUACAAAUCUAUGAUUCUAUUAUUCUGUUGAUCUACUGUACUUGAAAAGAUUUGUUAUAGUCAACCUUUUUUCUUUUUUUGGGCCACAUUCCCUCAGGAAUAAUCUGAUGAGGGCUGCAUGUUGGUGAUUGGCAGAGCCAGUAGCUAGUUAUGGGUGGAGUUGGAAACAAAUGAUCUGGAUUAACACAUCUGGAAGGCCACCCUGCCUCCAUUUUUACCAUGGCUAUUUCAGAUUAAAUUCCCCCUUUUAUGCAGGUCUAAUCAGAAAUCAACCCCACUGGGACUGAUGGGGUUAUUCUCAAUUAAAUAUAGAGGUGUUUUUUUAAAAAAAGAAGUACAACAGAUACUGCUACUUUUCUGGAAAACAAGUGAAAGUAAUUUAUUUCUGACCAUAAUGCACUAUACACAGAGCAAGAGCGCACAGAAGCCUUCCAAUUCGUCUUCGGGCAACUAUGCAGGAGGGCCUUCUUUUUCCAAGCCAAGUAUGUUUUCAAAAAGCCAUUUAUUUUGUGAAAUACAAUACCGCCCAUUCCAGUUAUUUUGAAACCACAUAGAAAGGGUGGGAGGAGGUACUUCUAACAGCAGUGGUGUGAAAUAAAGUGUAAAUUAACAGGAGGGAAGGAACCUGGAUGGGGUGGAAGAACAGGGCAGCUUCAGUAGUAGUCAGUGGGUGCAUAAAAUGAGAUUGGAGGCUGAAGGAAACCCACCUGUGCUAUAUAUAGUUGCUUAAGGGGAUACUGAUGCAUGCAGGGUUAGCUUGUGUGCUAAUGUGGAGAAAUUUCCCAUAGCCAUCAGCAACCAUGUCUCAGCCAUCCGCACACUGUUAGACAUUGCCACCAAUGGUGUGGAGGAAGCAUGAACCAUGAACCUGGCUUCUAACUGAUAGGAAGGAUUGAUUGACCAGUUAAACCAAGCAAUUUUAAUUCCCAAUUACCUCUUCAAGUGAACAUGUUUUUUAUCGUUCAGUAAAAUGCCCCAUAUGUGUCAUCUGAGUUAAGGGCUAGUGCUUGCUUACUUGAAUGCUUCCCUCCUUCUUCAAGAGGAAUGCCUUUGGGUUAAAAUACGGUUUAAAAUUCUAAUUUCUUUUAAGAAUAAAUUCAUCUCUUAAUGGAGUAAUGCUUUUAAGUUGAAUGAAAAAGAAAGUUUACAACGGUGGUGAUGAUGGUUGGUGUGUAUCCAGUCACCCGACAUCAACUUUACCCAUUAAAAUGGUGUCUGCAGGCUCUUAAGAUACGAGAGUAGUCACGGAGGAUCAAUAUAAAUAUGUUAACACGAUGGUACAGUACAAGCACCUAAAACCCUGGCUCAGUCUCUUGGCAUUUGAUCAGCAGUGCUGUUACACAAACCCUAAUGCCAGUCAAAAGACAUGCUUUUUUUCUCGUGAAAGCUGGACAAGCUGCUUACGGAAAGUGAGAGGUAACAGCAGAUCAUGCAAGGUAAGCAAUGCAAUCACUGCAACAGCUUCCAUGUUCAGCUACCCACCUGUUUUUCUUUUUCUGUGCCCUCACCUGCAUCCCUCGUAGACUUCUUUAUGAAUUCCAUGGGCCUGGGAUCAAAACCGCAGCCUGAUGUGAUGUUGCAUAAAGCAAGAAGCUUAUUACAAGUAUGUAGCCACAGCCUUGCGCACGGUGUUACAGCAUUGAGUAAGAGGAAUUAGUCAUUGCUAAUCUGUUCUACAUCAGCAAGCAUAACUAAAUGCUCUUUCUGUCUUGGAAGAAGCAAGUCCCAUUCUAGAGAAGAGUACUGCUCUUGUUUAUUUUCUUUCAGAGGGGACCACCUCAGUAAGGAGUUCAUAGGUUAUAGACCCCAUGUGGAUGUCACUGAAAACUGCUUCCCAGUGGACACCAUUUACCAAUAUAAAGCCACUUUUGCCUGAAGAGCUCCAAGCUAGAGUUUGCAACCUUGAGGAUCUUGUAGGGCUGGUGAGGGGGCCCAUCUGUGUGACUGGAACAAUAUAUAUAAUCAGCUGGCUUUAGUAAACUCAGAACGGGAGCUGUUGUGUUAGAGUUAGCCUUUACAGUGGUACCUCGGGUUAAGUACUUAAUUCGUUCCGGAGGUCCGUACUUAACCUGAAACUGUUCUUAACCUGAUGCACCACUUUAGCUAAUGGGGUCUCCCGCUGCUGCUGCGCCGCCAGAGUACAAUUUCUGUUCUCAUCCUGAAGCAAAGUUCUUAACCCGAGGUACUAUUUCUGGGUUAGCAGAGCCUGUAACCUGAAGCGUAUGUAACCCGAGGUACCACUGUAUUGUUCAAUUUAUUAAGAUGUAAGCAUGGUUGUCAGCCACUGAAACCUCAUGGAUUUGAAAGAGGAUUAGAUAACAGCAUGGAGGUAAAGGCUACUACUUGUGGUGGCCAUGCUCUGCCUCCACGCUCAAAGGCGGUGAUGAUUCUGAAUACUAGUUGCUGGAAACUGCAGGAGAGAAGAGUGCUCUUAUGCUCAAAUCCUACUUGUGGGUUUCGCAAAGGCAUCUGGUUGGCCACUGUGAGAACAGGAUGCUAGACUAGAUGGGUCGUUGGCCUGAUCCAACAGAUCUUCACGAGUCCCGCUCCGCCACCUGUUUUAGUAUCCUGACUAACGGUAAAGGGACCCCUGACCAUUAGGUCCAGUCGUGGCCGACUCUGGGGUUGUGGCGCUCAUUUUGCUUUAUUGGCCGAGGGAGCCGGCGCACAGCUUCCAGGUCAUGUGGCCAGCAUGACUAAGCCACUUCUGGCAAACCAGAGCAAUGCACGGAAACGCCAUUUACCUUCCUGCCAGAGCGGUACCUAUUUAUCUACUUGCACUUUGACGUGCUUUCGAACUGCUAGGUUGGCAGGAGCAGGGAUCGAGCAACGGGAGCUCACCCCAUCACGGGGAUUCGAACCACCAACCUUCUGAUCAGCAAGUCCUAGGCUCUGUGGUUUAACCGACAGCACCACCCGCGUCCCUAGUAUCCUGACUAUGUUAAGGUUAUUUCUAAGUGACUGCAACAAUAAACAUAGGACUUAAAUGUACAGUUUGAAAAUGCCCACCCAGUAUCUUACUAGCACAGUAUUGUAUAGCAGAAUCUGGUGAAUGAAAGAGCCUGGAGUUAGACUAGGCAAAGCAAUGGCUUUGGUUGAUGGAAAACAGAAGUCUUUAUUGAAGCUGAAAAUGACUAUCAUGCUGAAAAUGCUUUUCCUCUAUCCAUUAAGAACAAUAUCCUGUUACAGCAGUUCAUCUAAUCAGCACUGGAAUAAUCUGCAUAAAUGAUAGAAUCUCCUCUGGAAGUUUUUAAAGAAAUCAUUAGGUAGGCCAAAAUGUCUCUGGCAGGUGCCUUACCAAUAGACUUGGGUGUGAAUCACAUUUUCCUCUGGGUCUCCUGCAACUUAAUUCUGUGGCUUUGAGGGUUGGGGUUUUUUAAAAAAACACACCACACCUUUAUGUCCAUUUACACAAAACCAGAUUUUUUUUUGUUUUACUUGUCUACCAGCUUUAUAUGGGCAAACUUAUUUCCAAAAAGGAGUAAAGCUCGUAUUUUCUUCUAUCAGUGUUGUGAAUAUUGGUUUCUUAUAAAAGUAAGUGGAAAUGGGGUAUGAACUUUUUAAUGCACAAGUUCCAUACUCCUUAUUGCUGAAGGCAAAAUCCACUAAGCCUGAGACAAGAAGGCAUUUGAGGAAUGACUUUCCUUCUCCUUGUUCCUCUCCACCCUGCCACCUUGCCCCUCUAAGCCAGUCAGCCUCCUUCUGUAUGGCAAUGAGAUUGUGAUCAUGAUGUCACAGAUGUCAGGAAACCUGUUCCUUACCCUUCAUGGUGAAGCAAUAGCUGUUUAAAGUUCUGAUGCCCUCAGCAAUUCCUGGUGUCUGCUAAAAUAAUAAUGAACAAAACUUUGGUACUGUUCUAGUUCAGAGCUUCUCAUUUAAACUCCUUUAGUGUCUUGACGCAUUUUCUUAACUUACUUUGCCUCUUAUUUUUAAUCAUUAGAAGCUAGCUAUUCAGGAUGGGGCUAUGUCAGGCAGGGAAAUAAAAACCUGUUUCCAAGGAUGGGGCUGUUGUUUUGGUCUAUGAGCAUGGACAGUUGCCUCCAUUACUGCAUCCCUGAAGUCAGAAUUUACCUCAGGAAGGCUGCUGUACUUUGCUGUGUCUACAAGCACAGGCACAAGGCCUGAAUUCUCUGGCCUGGAGUUACAAGAGCAUAUCCCGAUCCUGUUUUGUACUUGAAAAGAGCUCUGGGGGACCUGAACACAUAAUCCUGGGAAAUGUUAUAUGCUAGAUUCCAGAAUGAGGACAAGAGGUGACUGAUUUGAGCCACAAAUACUCUCCUGGUUUAUACAGUGAAGGAUGGUGUAGAAAUAUAAAACUGAGUUGAAGAGCAGCUCUUCCCCUGAAUUGAUGAGGCCUCUGGGCUUAAUGCCUAUGGUGGUGUGUCAACUAAAAAUGAGACCCAAAGCUGUUUUGGCUUGUACGGUGACUGGAUUAAUUUAAUCUUGAAUCGCUGAAAACUGUGAGAAGAGAAUAAAUUGCUUGAAAAUUUGGUACACAAAGCUGUUGCUUCCUUCCUGCCUUUAAUGAGAAGUGGAUGGAUUUUAAAUAUGUAUAAAUAAUAAUGCCAUUUUUGUAUAGGCACUAAUACAUGUGCUGGGUAAAUCAUGAACCAUUACAAAUAAAUUAAAUGACAAUGGGCUUAAAAAUUGAUCCCUGCCCUUGCUCACACCAGCUAAGCACUAUAAUCUGGCUCUUUAUUCCUCUCAAGGCUGCACAGUAAGCAAUCCAUGUUUUAAAAAAUGCCUCAACUCUUUCAUUACAAUAAGGAAAAGCAAUUUAUGCAAAGGAUAAAGAGUAAAGGAAAACGGCAUUCAAUAGAAUGGCUAAUUUGAGACGCACAUGAACUGCUCAGCCUAGCGUACAAUUUUAUAUGAUGCAUUUGUCUUAUAAUUAAUUAUCUGCUUCACCAUACAAUGGGAUUUCUGCCUUCCCACCCACCCCUGGGUAUCGAUCCUUUAUCAAUGGCUGAAGUUUAGCUUCUCCACUUCUUUCUUCCCUCAUUUAAAGAACAAGUUAUUUUCAAGCUCAUAGCUGUGACUUGAUGUGGCAACAAUUUAGCCUUGUUUCCCAAGCUUAUUGGAAAAUCCAGCAAGCAGAUAUAUUGCUGGCAAUCCUAGCUGGCAGAAUUAGCGCGCAUAAAGUGUUAUGUGCCUUCCCUAUCUGGACCCCUCCUUAUAUGCAGUUUGCAAACCCGUGCAGGAAGUGCUUACAGAGCAACUUGUGUAAAUAGGGUGCCAUGUGGCAUAUCCCCCACACUUGUGUUUUCCAAGUGGCUGCAUUUAAUAGACCUAUUAAAGUUGUGCAGAAAGUUUUGGCAAUCCGUAGGGAGUACAGAAGUAUUUCUGGGUGCUAGAAUUUAUGCCACAGCAUCUAAUGUGAUAAAGCAACACAUACCCACCAGACUUCUACUACAGGUAUAAUUAGUGGGUUAUAGAGCAGCGUGCCUGUGAUGAUGGUGAAAAGAUAAAAAAAGAGAGGGAAAAUUAACUUAGAACCAUAGAUGUCCCAAGGGUCAUCUAGUCCAACCCCUUGCAAUACAGGAAUAUGCAGGUGGCCUGUAUAGGAAUUAAACCUGCGAACUUGGCUACUUUAUGGCUAAGUAAAGGGUGUGAACACAAGGAAUUCUACCAGUGCAAAAUAGCCUGGGCACAAGGAACAGAAAACCAUAAAAUUGGCCAUAUGGGGAUUUUUAAAUAAAAAAAUGUUGUUUCCUUUCAAUGCUCACAGUUCUCCUUUCCCUUGGAGAUUCACCAGAGUCUGAGCCUGAACAUUACCCAAAAGUGCUGCAAUACAUUCAUAUUUGCCUGACUUUUAACAGCCAUGAGGGUGUUUUAAUUCUGACGUUGCAUUUUCGUAUUUUGUUUUAUCGCUGUUACUUUCUCUGACCCUUCAAAGAUCGAGGAUGUUAUUAAAUUAAGGCAAAUCAAUAGCUGUGUUGAAAGAAUGCAAUCUCCGAUGUCAAGCUUUACUGUUGACUUGAUUUUUAUUUAUUUUGUUUGCCAUAAACAGCAGUGAGGAUGUUACCUCAAGAACUGCUUGGGGGGGCAUGAGUCAUUGACAUUAUUGUACAAUUUGCUCUGGAAACACUUUUUGACUGUUUAAGACCUGUGCCAUCACUUUUUCAGAGCCUUUAGAUUUGCCUCAGGGUACAAAUGCUAAAUAAGGCUCAGGGAGGUAGGGAAAAAAAUGGACCAUAAUGUUAGAAAAUAGAACAUAUGAAGAAAUUGCUUUUCUUACCAACUCAACUCAGUCGUAUUACAGUUCAGGUCAUCCAAUCCUAAGGCUGUAUUUUGGAGAACUCAUGAGGGCAGCCGCACUUGAGCAAUUAUGAACAUAACCGUUUGGUUAUGUUUGCAUUUUUGUUGAAUUGGAGACUGAAUUUCCUCUACAGUUUCCAUGCACAUUUGAAAGCAAGUACACUGUUGCUGGAAGAUAAAAUGCACCCAUUUAUUCCAUUCCAUCAAGACAAAUCUUCAUUACUGAAAGCAACAUCUCUUUAUGGAAUUCAUAGAUUAAGGGUCUAAAAGAGGCUACAGAUAAGCAGAAAUUUCUCAGAAUAUUUUGUUUUUCUGACAUCUGAUAUUUUACUUUUUUUCUCAGAAGGUUGCCUUGUAGAAUUUUCUCUCCAUAUUUGUCAACGUUUUUAUUGUUUAGCAGUUUCUGUCAUUCACCACCAUCACCCGCUUAGUGUUGUAGUUGACUCGGAACAUUGUUUUGCAUUAGGAAGUGGUUGACUGUUAUUAAGAGCAAAUGGGGAUAUGUUAAAAAGUAGAAUUAACUGUUUCAAAUGGAUAUCUUCCAACACUGGAGUGAGGGAAAUUGGGACAGGGCCUCAACGGAGGUUGCAUCCCCUCUCACUCAUGCUUUCCCACUUGGCUCCCUCCCUCACACCUUCACCCGCCACAGCAAGCCAAUGUACUUCUGGAAGCCGACAACACUUCUGGAGGUACAUCAGUGGAAAGCCACAGCGGAAGGAGGAAGAGGGGUAACAUGCAGGGCAAGGUAAGCUUUACUUCCAUUUCUUGGUCCCACACUCUGGUGUGAGUCAACUGAUUUGCACCCCGGCAUGGGACAAAAAAAAAGUGCAUCUUUGAGCAUGGGAGCCAAAAUGGGACAUCCAGGAUUGGGAUCAGAAGCCAGAGCAGUUACACAGUAUGAAAAUGGUGAUGUUACAGCAUUUAAACUCCUAACAAUUGUGAAUUGUGCAAAACUGUAAACUUGUGAGGAGAAUUUUUGUAGGCCUGCUCACAGCAUAUAAAACUAAGAAAUCCAUCACAAACUUAAAUUUUUGUAAAAUUUAUCUUUUACUAAACCUAAACUCUUUCUCAGAUAUCAAGAUGUGUGCUUAAGGAAAGUAGGCGAUACGUGAAUGGCAUAUAAACGAACCUAAACAAAAAGUAAUUACUGUUCCAUAAGGUAACUUGCCCCUGAGAUCAAGGAUUUUAAGCAAGCUGAUUUUGUACCAGCUUGUGAGACUUCCCUUGCUAUAAUUUCACCAAGAGAUAUUACAGGUAUGUCAAGAAAAACGGAAUCCUCUUAUCUAGCUGUGAAAAGGUAGCAUGGCAAUUGACAUUUAGACAGAGUUUAAUGACUACAGGAAGGCCAGAGGAAAGUAGCAAUUGUUGUUGUUGAAAUUUGUAUAUCUUCCUUCAUCUGAAGAUAACAGGGUGGCUCACAACAUAAAAAUACAAAAUGAGAAUACGUAAUAAGAUAAACCAAUAACUUCCCUGCAUAAGCAUAUUUAAAAUGUCAUAGGAUGUUCAGGUUAUAGAGAAACUUUUUCACCUGGCUCCUAAAAAUAUGUAAUGAAGGUUCCAGGCAAGCCUCUCUGGGGAGAACAUUCCACAAAUGGGGAGCCACUUCAGAAAAGGACCAUUCUGGGGUGAGAGCAGGAGGCGGAGGCGCCAGCAACGGAGAGAUGAGCGGAGCAGCAGAGAGCCCGAGAGCCCUGAUGAGGCAGGAGAAAGGCAGAGUCUGUGGCUGCGGGAGGCGUGUUCAGAACUGCAGAGCUCAGAAUUCUGGGAUUCAAGCCUCGGAGCCAUCUUAAAAUCCCUCCCCAAACACCCAGCAGCAGGGAAGGGGGCAACCAGGCCUUCCAUGGAGAAGGCCCUCUCUGCCUUCGAGAAGCUGAAGCUCACACCACCAGCUGAGUCAGUUCUUGAGCCCAGCUCCUGGCUGCUGGAGGAGCCCAGCCGCAGCAGAGCCCAGGGCUUGCAGCGCAUGUGUUAUGGCAUUGGGAACUUCUCCUCUUGCGUCCAAGCGCGAUACCAGCUGGCCUUCCUCCUUCUGCUGCUCGAGGAGGGGAAACACUGCAUCCACAAUCUUCUACAUGGUCCACUGCGGGAAAGCUCUCUAUAACAACUUGCUCUGGAGCAACUGGUCAUCACAGGGGACAGCUUCAAGGGCAUUAAAGACAGGGUGCUGAGCAGGAUAUUCCAAAAGGACUACAGUUACAUUGCAAAGUUUUCAAUAGCAACAGAUGAAGAAGCCCUUCCUUCUCACCCUCAGUACUUGGACAUAUUUAACGACACUGUCCACUGCUUUCCGCUGGAAAAACUGAGGGACCUUCCCCCAGAGAUCUGGAAGCUCCAGGAGGAGCCAGUUUACCCAGAAGAGGAUCAGCCAGAGAUCAUCAGAAACAAGAAAUGAAAUUGUUCCCAUUCCAGAGGCUAUGGAUUGGAGGUGCAGGUCUGGGUUUGGGUUUCCUUCUUUGAAGAGGGGCUUGAGUUGCUUCUGGUGUUGCAAAGAAGUUCACGUUAAUGUCAAGUUAUUUACCCUCCUCCCCGCAAAACAGAAGACUAGCCACACUGUCUAUUUGUGUGUUGCUCUAUGGCAUCUCCAUGGGACAAACGAGACACGCAAAGCAUGCACAAGAUGCCAAAGCUCUCCUUGUGUCUCUCUCACUUGCUCACUGAGCAGCAGAGCUUUGGAGGAUCAAUGGGGCAAACCCAAGCAUCUGCUUCUGGGUUUCACCACCAUCUCUGUUCAACUCUGGUCUGGUACCUUCUAUGAGAGUUCCCUCAUGGGAUGGGAUGGAAAAGGGGGCAGAGAUCUGGUGGUGCUGGGCAAGCUGCCCAGUAGGACUGGGCUCCCUCAUUAAGGGGGAGAGCCAUUCAUACUCCCAGCUGCUGCUUAAUGCAGCAACUUCUCAGAAAACCAAACUUCUCCACAAAUCUUGUAUUUCCAAUAAUGUUUUUAAUUAAAAGCAACACACAUUGAAAGAAUGAAAGCAAAAAGAAAGAAAGAAAGAAAGAAAGAAAAGAAAAGAAAAAAAGGAAGUUCCAGAACUCUUGUGGAGAAAUGGUGUCUUCUGAGAUAUUGUGAAGAAGGGCCUCAGAUCAUGAUUGCAGGGUCUGGGUUGGUUCAUAUGGGGAGAUGCACCCCAAUAAGUAAAUCAUACAGUAAUCAUUCUUAGGUUCCCACUUAUGCAUAUCCAGCUUGGCUAGAGAUGAUGGUAGUGAAUAAUGUCAUUGUAGUGAACCAUCUCAAUCAUAGAAACAUGAUAAACCUUUUGAUGUCUCUUGGACCCAUUACAUAUUGUAAUAGGAGGGCAAACCUAGGAAAGUAGUUUUAGCGAGGUGCAGGAUUUUGCAUCAAACAGUCCAGAAAUGGAACACAAACAUUGACAAUUGUACAUGAAAUCGGAUAAACAGAUUGGCUUCAUUAUGAAAUCAAGAUGCUAUUAGGGGAUGUUGCUAAGAAGAAACGCUCAAAAAGAUACAGCACUUCCCUAUGGGAAGGGAAACCUAUAACAGGUUUUUGAUAGAAGCUUGGAUGUUACAAAAUGAAACCUGCUAAGGGGAGUAGCCUUUUGUUACUUAGGAAGACAUACUGUUUUGUUCCAUAUUGUUGUCUUUCAGCCAGAAGUGCAAUAUUUUAAGCAGUCAAAUAGAUCAGGUGUGGUACUUAACCUGCGAGUACGGCAUUGAUGCUCUAUAAAUAAAUGUUUCCAAAGCUCUUGCAUGUAGAUCAUAAGGCAAAAAUACAUUGUUUUCUGAUAAAGCAAUUAUUUUGAUGAAUACUUCGGUAAGCUGCAGACAUCCAUAUUCCCGACCUUAAGUCAAUAUGGCUUUAGCUUACUGGCCUACUCAAAUUGCACUAAGGGGAAUACACAUGAUCUAGACAGCAGCUUUGUUUUGUUUUUACUAAUUGCUGAAAUUAAAAGUUAACCUGCAUUGAAAGCAAUAUCAUAACUGCUGUAAUUUGCAUUUAUUGUGGAUUCUAAUUUGCAUGGAGCUGGUGCUUUCAAGCAUACAUAAGCUGGUGACAAUUUACUUACUGUCAGGAGCCCGGAGGAGACAGCCAUGCAGUGGGCAGUAAAAGCAUCUAUGCCUACAAAGGAGUUCUAUAAAGGAGUCACAGAUUCCACUAAUUAUAUUCCUAUUAAAUUGACAGAAAAGCAAGUAAAACAAAUUGCUACCAUUAAAAUAAAAAGGGGGGGGAAUGAGUUAUACUCUGUGUUUGGAGGGAAGUUCAUCAUUAGUAUUAUAUGUCACAAUUCUCAUUGAUACCACACUGGGCAAGUAGCUGAGUUACAUAUAUACAUUGUACUUCAGUCAUAUUGUAUAUAAAUUGCCAACAGAUAUUUAUGUGUUUUUACAUCUCUGCCCUAUAGGUACUAGUGGUAACUUGGAAAAGUUAAAGAAAGACCCCUUUGGCCACCUUGUUAAGUUUACAAGAUAAAUGCAACACACACAAACACUCAUGUUUUGGGUGGUGCGUUUUUUUGUGGGGGGGGGGGCAAAGUUCUAUUAUUCCCCAUAAAAGAUGCAGGAAAAAUAUCUCUUUCACAGGGAGCAAAGAUCUUUUUGAAAUACCCCAAGGGAGACAGCACAGCACUAGCCUAGCAAUCUGCUCAGCAAAUUGGAACUGCAUGCUUUAUGCAGUAGUUCAUCAAAUUUGUAUCUUCUCAUAAGCCUUGUCUUGGUUGUUUAUUGAUUGAUAGCAUGGUACACCCCUCCUUUCAUCAAGAAGAUGGCCUCCAGUCAUUUCCAGUAUAUAAAAAUGCAACUCAACAAAUGAAUAGGCAGAUAAAACACUAUGAUCAGCGAGCAAAUUCCCAGUUUUAAAAAACAACAAAUAAAUGUGAAGUCAGCCCUGUUGCAUUUAAUGGCUCAAGUAAGGGUGCAUGGAAAUACAGCAAGGAUGUGGAAUCUCCACCGUCAAAUUGAGCUUGUGAGGCUAUUUGCCCCCAAACAAUGCCCCCUACCAUAUAUCUGACAGCAUACAUCUGACAUCAGGUCGGCUGGAUUGGCUGCAGAACCAAUUUCCCUCUUUGUAAGCCCUGUGUAGGGCUUUGAAGUCCUGUCUAUUGUCACCAGACAUCAGAUGAUUCACAAGUAGGUAGCCCAACUCACCUGUCUAAUUUGGCCCAUGAGGGGUAGGGAAGGGAAGGAUCCAAUGCAUUGGCCAAAUCAGAUUCCCACCCCUGAAUUACAGCCUAAAAAAGAAAUCAGCUUAAAAGAACAGAGUAGAUUUCAUCUGGCACCUUAAAAAAAAUGGCAAAGAAGGCACCAAGUGAACAUGUCUGGGAAGUCUGUGAUUUUAGGUGCCACCAAGGAUCCCCAGAUCCUACACUGUUUAAGGCUUUAAAGAUCAAAUCAUGUAUGGCAUGUAUACUAUAAAGAGCCCCCCCCUCCAUAUCUGCAGCAGGCUGCAAAAUGUGUCUGAAAAAGUGUUUUGAAGCAUUCUGCUUUUUUAUCCAAUUACAUGUUUUUUCAAACCUAUUCUUCAUUCAGACUGUCAUGUUUCCAAAGGCUUUUAAAAGAGUCACCAUGCUACAGUUCACCGAUGAACCCAAACAAUAUAAAAGGGAGGAAUGUCUCAGAAUGCUGAUAUGCCAAAAAAAGGAGGCAGAAAAUUAUUAUUGUGAGCCUUUUUUCGUUUACACGGUCUGUAUCUAGGUCCUUGAUCAUGCCUGGACUAGCUAAUGUGGUCUUUCUAGCCCAUGUGCAUCUUUUAGCAUCCUCAUGAUAGAAUUAUAGACCUUGUCACACGCAGCCCACAAGCCGUUGAGACAAACAGGCAUGCCGUAAAAUUGAUUUGUUCCUCCACAAUAGUGAGAUACAAGUGGACUUUCUUUUUCUUCCCUGUAGUGAGUGCCAAAGCAAUAUGGGCUGCAGACAAUCCACUACAAUCCAUUCCUAUCCUGCUCAUAACUUGCAAUGAUUUGGCAUUUAGUUGAAAUUCAAGAAGUGGGGAAAGCAAGGAAAUGUGCUAACAGAUCGCACAGCAUACGCAGCCUGUCCUUAGCAUUUCCAACAUUGCCUCUCGAUGCAUGUAUUUUGAGGAAAUGGUUGUAAGAAAACUUGGCAUAAAAUGGAUACUUUUGUGUGCAUGCAUAGGCACAUGUCAAACUUCAGAAUGAUCACAUUCAUUCAUUUUACCCCACCCAUCUGCCCGGAUUGUCCCAGCCACUCUGGGCUGCUUCCAACAAAAUACAGCAUCAAACAUUAAAAACUUCCUGAACUAUCCUUCAUCCGAGGAUCACAGGGUGGUUUUCAAUAUAAAAACACAAAAAUGCUUAUUUCUGACCAGUCUGAUCUUAAAAAAGAACUGUCUGUGUCCUUUUCCCGGUUACUUUUCUGCAUGCUGUUUUAAAAUGGAAGGCGAGAUAUGUAACAGCAUGCACGACUCUCUGUCAAAACCAAUGUUAGCUUUAACGGAAGUCAAUCAAGCACAAACGGUCCUACACCAUCAAAUUCUUAGUUUAGUCACAUUAGUUAAGUUAAGCUGAUUAAGUACUUGGAAAGGGCAUACUAUUUCACAGUACCCUAACAUUAUGUAUUAUGUGGGCAUGGCCGGCAGUUCCUGGUCAUAACUUUCUUUUGUUAGGGGGAUUUCUAGCUAAUACCUCAAGAUGUGUGGCUGAUUUUUCUUCAACUCUGCAUGAAAACCCAUAUGCACAUUUCUCUUGUUAUGCAAGAUCUGUAUAAAAGGAAGCAGACUGGGCUAAGCUAGACUGAAAUUCUCCUACAGGUUAUGGGGGCUGUAUUUCUUUGGAAUACAUUCAGAGAAUGUGCAAGAAAUGUACAGAACCAGGCUAUAAAACAGUUAAAAUGCACGCUUCAAGUCACAGCAUGUUUUCCCACUGGUUUGUGUGGCACCACCACCAUGUUAAUGUGAUGGGAUGUAAGGGGAACAGCUUCCAGGUACCCUGCUGCAGAACUUGAUACAUCAGUAGGAAUAUCUUGAAUCUAGCAUGGUAGCAAAUUGGCAGGCAGUGCACUCCUUUCAAUGGAGAUGUUGGUGAGAGGUUGCCCCAAACAGCAACCAUUCAGUAAUGUUUUGCGCUACCUGCAGCUUUCGGGCAAAAUUCAAGGGAAGCCCUAUGUAAAGGGCAUUGCAGUAGUCAAAGCAAAUGUGAAACAGAAACUGACAGAUUCCUUCACCUCUAGCUGCAAGCAUCUGUGAGGGAAGGAAUGCCUCUCUGUGGAGAACUGAUGCAGGGGCGGGGAAAUUGCUGCUUGUGGAAGUGCUGUGUGUCUUAAUCUAUGCUCAGGUUUAUAUUUUCAAAUAAACCUAAAUGUUAUACGCAUACACAAAACACACCAUAGGUCUCUGGUAAUGUCUCCUUCCAAAUUUGUUUGUUAGCUUUGUAUCGUACCAAAUGGUGCUCAAGGUGGCUAGCAGCAGUAAGAAAGAAGUUAAAGACAAUAGAAUUGUCAAAAACAGUACAACAAGAGGGAUAAAAUACAUCAACUGAAAUGUUUUUAAAAGACAACAAAUUAACCACCUGCAGCAUAUUUACAGUGGACAAAGUAAGACGAAGGAGCCCUGGAACCCUGGACAACCUCACCAAGUAGUUUCAUAUAGAUGCUAAAUAGCAUGGGGAGCAAGAUGGAGCCAUGAGGGACAAUGACCAAGGAAUCUAACAGGACUUUCCCCCAUCACCACCUUCUGGAGGCACCCAUCCAAGAAUGACUGAGACCACUGUAUAAUGGUGCCUCCAAGCGCCAAGCAACUAGCCAGUCCAAAAGGAUACCCACACUGAUGGUCCUGAAAGCCUCCAAGAUGUAGUUUUCAUCAUAGAUGAACCAACACAACAACAGCUGUCUUAAUUUCAUAAACAGGCCUGAAUCCAAAUGGAAAUGGAUCUAAAAUAAUCCUUUUUAUCCAGGAACAUCUGAGCUGAGAUACCACCAAUUUGUUGGGGCCAAUUCUUGUUGCUUUUGUGUUGUUGUUGUUGUGUCUGUGUUCGUGUGUGUGUGUGUGUGUGUGUGUGUGUGUUUGUUCACAUACAGAGUUCCUCCCAUGGCUGCUACUGCCUCAGUUUGCCUUUAACUGUUUGGUUUUCAACAUGUUUUAAUGUAAAACCCACAGCGGGCAAAGAAAUCGCACUUGGCCAGGGAUGACUGCAGUGCCCAUGCAGCAGAUAAUUCCAUCAGGAAACUGUAGCUAAAGGUGUUGUGAGAUCUGUCUUCCAUCAGAGAAUUUAUAUCUAGCAUCCUGACAGCAGCACCAAGUACUAGUUGAUAUUUCACUCCCAUGGUGUCUUUUGUUAACAAGCUGUUUUGUUUUCUAAGUGGUAUACUCUAAGGGAUGAGAAGUGUAUCCACUCAAAGUUUAGAAACAGGGAGAGUUGUUCAGCUUUCAAGACAGGUGUUAUCUCCAGGGUGAACACAUGUUGCCUUCUAGGGAAUUCUCUCUGCCUGCUGUGCACAGUUAUCCUUGCCUGUUCUUUUCCCAUAGGCAGCAUUCUGGUCCCUUACGUUGUUGAUGCUGAGCGCCACUGGGAAACACUUAAAAUAAACAUGCUUCUUUAAAUUAUUAUAAGAGAGUGAAUUUCAACAGGAAAGAUUUAGUAUGUUUCAUGCGCAAUUGGAAAUGGAACCAGCAGCAUUAGUACUAGAAGCUAUGAAACUAAAUUACAUUUUAAAGAAAAUGCGCAUCUUCCAGCUAGGAGCCACCAUGCAGAACAUUCUAGUUAGCAAAGAAUAAUGAAGUUUCCUGGGCAUGGGGUAACCAAAACGUUUUGUUUUCUAUGCGUAAACUCCAGUAGGACUCUCUCACACACACCAUAGCUCCAGGAUAUGUGGAUUGCAAAAGAAAGGAAGACUGCCUUCCCUAAACAUAUUUAAUCUGAGAUUUAAAUGUUUCUGAAUUCAUUAGUGAACUUCAGUAACAUUACAAUCUUGCAAUGCUUCCCAGGGCUCUUUUGGAAUUGCAGGGGGUGUCAAUGGCUUGUGCUUUUCAUGCAUCUACUGUAAUGUACAAAGGAGCACAUUGCACGUCUCCUCCAUGGGACUGGGGAGGGAAGUGUGAACUCCCAGUGUAGAAAUAGCUUAAAUAUAUGUGUUUUCCAGUUACACUUUACAAUAGAAGUGUUAAGAUAAGAAACAAAGGCACUCAUGGUUCCUCAUUUUCCUGCAGUUGGUGAAAGAGGUCGCAGGAAAUUUAGGUGGUGUUAAAAUAUUAUACACAUCUGACUUAGGAUGGAUGUACAUGUUGCCUCAAGAAAUUCAGGUUGUCAGAUCUAUGUUUAUAGAGGUAAUGUGAAUGUGGAGUUGAGGAGACAUUUGUAAGAAUGAAUCAAAGGAAUCAAAGGAAAGGAAAAGUGCUAGGCACCUGGUAUAAUAGCAAGCAAUUUUAUUCUCAAAACAUUUUGCAAAUAAGUCACAGCAGGUCACAAUCGGUUCUACCCACUCCUUCAGGCCAGAUGGUAAAGGUAUGCCAAAUCCAUUUAAAACCUUCUAUAAAUCCUAAUACAGUCAUACCUUGUGUUGCGUUAGAUUCAUGUUGCGUCUUUUCAGCUUGUGAAUGCAGGAAACCCGGAAGUGUAUACUUCCGGGUUUUGCUGCACUUGCGCAGAAAUGCCGCUCUAGUUGUGGACUUUUUGGGGUGCGAACGGCACCCCAGAACAGAUUGUGUCCCCAACUAGAGGUACCACUGUGUGUUAUAUCCACAUUAUAGCCAGCUAACACAAUGAGGACAGCCUGCCUCUUAAUUUAAAUUUUCCUACUAAGCCUAUCAGAGAUCAAUCUCCUCCAUUAAUCAGAAGAAUAAGAAAAAAGAUGUCCACAUUUAGCUAACUAAAAACCUUUUCAGGAACUAACCAAAGACACUAACCAAUAAUACAAAUCUUAAGAUCUAAAACAUUGUUUUAAUGCAAAUCUAAAAAUCAAAACAUUGGUAUUGAAAUAAUGUCAAAGUCAUUGACAUUAAUGCUGCAGCAUUAAAACAGAAUCAGCAGGAAGUUCCGGUGCUUCAAUCCCAAGGCACGUUCUCCUCUUCCAUCACCACCCCACACAGUUGAUUCCAAGGAAGUUCACCAACCAAUGGCUGGGCAGCCCUUCUCUCACUUGGAUCACCUCACCCUACAGGGCUGGCCCACCCAAUAUAGGCAGGCAAUGGGAGGUGACCACCUCAGGCAGCAAGAUCUGCAGGGGCAGCAGAUCUAGCCUCCACGGAAUUAUCCUCUGCUGCUGCUGUGGUGGCAGCAACAACAACUGCAGUACACCCCUUGGAGGCCAGAUCUGCCUAGUGCCCACCCAAUGCCGCUUCUGCAGUGGCCUCUUGGUCAAUAGGAGUCACAGCUGGUCUCAUAGGUGCUACUACUUGCUGGGAAAUCGAAAGUAACUUUUAAGUGUGCCUUUGUAAUAAGGCAGCUGCAGCAGUGACGCAGCAAGAUUUAAAGCAGCAUAUGACGCUGAAGGCUAAUGCUAGAGUCAUGAUGGCCCUUCAGGAUGCUUGUGGGAUUCCUAAGCUCAACAAGAAAAAUUACAGCGACUGGGUUCAGUAUGCAGAGGCAAUUCUGCGGAAAGAGGGUUUGUUUGAGGUGAUUACAGGAACCCCCCCAGUUCCAGUUACAGAUGCAUGGGAAGCUAAGGAUUCCAAAGCAAGGGGACUCUUACAUUGAUAGUAUCCCCAGAAGAGCUCUGUCUAUUGCGUGAUAAGACCUCAGCCAGAGAAAUUUGGGACGCUCUGAGAGAGGCUCACUUAAGGACAGAAGCUGGAUCCACUAUGUUUUACUUUAACAAGCUGCAUAAUAUGGCUCUUGCUGAAGGUGGAGAUGUGCGUUUACAUCUGAUGAAGAUUCAAAAUCUGAGACAUGAGCUGCAACAGAGAGGACUCAACUUUCCAGAGGCUGUGUAUUCUUUCAUGAUACUACAAUCUUUGGGUUCAGGUUGGGAGUCUGUUGCAACCCAGAUUGCUGUGCAACCAACUGCUCAGCUGACAGUGGACUUUGUUACUGCCGUGAUUUUAAAUGAAGCAGAUCGCCGGGGUGCUAGCUGCAUGGGCAAGGGGAGUCUUCACAGACGUCAUCCCAUAGUGCAGUGGAACCACCAGAUGGCGCCAAAGCUUUGAAGGCAGUGAAAUGCUACUCGUGUGGACGUCUAGGCCAUAUGAAGAGGGAAUGCAGACAUCCCAGGGCCAAGACAGAGCAGCGCAGCGAAAGCUCAUCGCGCGGAAAAGGCCGAGGCAAAGGCAAAGGUCCGGUGUCUAGGACAACGCAGCACAAGGCUAUGGUUUCACGCUUCACUCCAAAGGUUGCAGAGGUCCAGAAGACGUCUAGAUCUUUCUUCGUUGUUGAUUCAGCGGCCACCCACCACAUGUGCAACGAUAAGAAACUGUUUGUGUCUUUUACACCGCAGGAAGGUGCGAUUCACCAGGCGGAUGACCACACUAUUCCCAGUAAAGGCUACGGAACUGUUGUUCUUCACAGUUUGGACUUAUCGAUACAGAAUGUGCUUUACGUGCCAGACGCCAAACAUAAUCUGCUCAGCGUUGGACAGCUGAAUGAGCGGAACAUUGACGUUUCCUUCAAGAACAAGAAGUGCAUCAUCACAAAGAAAAAUGAUUAUGUAUUGCAUGCAGAAUAUGUUGAUCGUUUGUUUGUUUUGUAUUAUGAUGAUGUGGUGCAGGAUGACACUUGUUGCAUUGCAGGUUCUAACAAAAGUUUGCAUGCAGAAUGUAUUCACGAUUUUCAUCGAAAAUUUGGUCAUUUGCAUUUUGAGGCAGUAUCUAAAAUGCCUGCCUUGGUUGAAGGUAUGACUAUUAAACCCUGCAGGUACCACAUGAAGUGCAAAGCAUGCGCAGCAAACAAGGUGAAAAUGGCUGCGAAAGGUAAGGUGUCUAGUAGGAAAGCUACAGAACCAUACCAGGUUGUUCAUGCUGAUUUGGUUGGACCAUUAGCGCCCUCUUUGGGUGGAAAUAGAUACUUCAUGGUUCUCAUUGAUGCAUUUUCUAGAUAUAUUUUUGUGUACAAUCUCAAGCAGAAAUCGGAGGCUUUUCCUAGGUUCAAGGAAUUCUGUGCUUGGUUGGAAAAUGUGCAUGGUAAGAAGAUAAAGACUCUUUUCAGUGAUCGCGGGGGGGAAUUCACUUCUCAGCAGUUUGAAGCUUUUCUGACUGAGAAAGGAAUUCAACACGAUUUGUCUAGUCCUCGCUCGCCAUGGCAGAAUGGACUUGCGGAACGGGCAAAUCAAACAUUGCUUCAAGGAUUAAAGACCUUGCUGCAUGAUGCCAAUCUUCCAGAGAGUUAUUGGGCCGAAUCUCUCUCGUGUUUUGUUUACAGUUACAAUCGCAGGUUAUCUUCAGCGAUUGGUUGUACCUCUAUGAGAAGAUGUUUGGCAAGAAGCCAUACAUCAAACACAUGAAGAUUUUUGGUUCUGACAUGUGGGUUCGCUCACCACAAAACUCCAAGUUAGACAAGCGUGGAUUGCAUGGUAUCUUUCUAGGUUAUCAGAAAGGGUCUUACAGAAUAAUGAUGACUGACUCUAAGACAAUUAAGCUCACGAGAAGUGUCGAGUACAAUGCAAAGUGGGGGAGAAUGUGGGAAUUUUCCAAUGUUAUCCUGAUGACGGUGAUGAGACUGAGGAUAGUCAAAGCAACAGCAGCAACCCACACCCACUGAUGAAGGUUCUGAGUCUGAAUCUGAAACUGAAUCGGGUGAUUCAGAGGAUUUCAAGAGUGCGAAAGCCUCUAUGCGACCCUCUGAAAGCUCUGAUCAAGAAUUGGAGGAACCAUUGUUCACAAUAGGUCGUUUUUCUCCUAAGAAGGAAGAGGAGAGUGUUGAAGACUUAAGGCUAAUUCGUAGGUCACAGAGAGCCACAAAAGGCAAACCUCCAAAGAGAUUUGCUGAUGAGUUUGCUACGAUAGCAGUAACAGCUGUUAAAAGCUCCAAGAAGGUAUUUGAACCUUCAAGUUUCCAAGAAAUCCAGGGUUUGGAUUCAAAGGAAGCUGAGCCAUGGUUAAAUGCCAUGAAGGCUGAGCUUGAUUCCUUAGAAAGGAACAAAACAUGGGAGCUAGUUCCAGUAGUUCCAGGAAUGAAACUGCUUGAAGCAAAUGGGUCUUCAAAGCGAAGACAGAUCAAAAUGGCAAGAUAGUCAGACACAAAGCCAGAUUGGUAGCCAGAGGUUUUGCACAGGUACCAGGUCAAGACUAUCACGAGACCUAUUCACCCACAGUGAGAUAUGAAAGCAUUAGGCUUAUGCUCAAGCUAGCUGCAGAGGAAAAUCUACACAUUAGUCACCAUGAUAUUAAUACAGCUUUUCUGUACGGAUCUCUAGAUGAAUCACUUUAUAUGCUUCCACCUGAUGGCGUACAGGUAAAACAGGGAUUUGUUUGUGCUCUGAAGAAAUCCCUUUAUGGUCUCAAACAAAGUGCACGGUGUUGGCACACAAAACUCACUGAAGUAUUGUUUUCUCUAGGUUUUCAGCAAGGGAAAGCUGAUCCAUGUGUAUUUGUCAAAGAGGAGGGGCAAAAGAAACUGUACUGUUUGUUUUAUGUUGAUGAUUUAUUAUUCUUAUGGAAAGAUGUUGCAAUGUACAAUAGCGCCCUAGCUCAACUGAAAGAGCACUUUGACAUGAAAGAUCUUGGUGAGGUAAACAACUACCUAUCUCUGGAAAUAGAGAGAGAUCAAGAUGGUAACAUUCUAGUACACCAGUCACGGAAAAUUGCUGAUGUGUUAAGCAAACUAAAUCUGAUGGAUGCUAACCCUGUAGACACACCGAUGACAACAGGUUAUCAGGUAGAUGACACUGAAGAAGCAUUUUCUGACACUACACUGUACAGGAGUGUGCUAGGCAAGCUAAACUUCAUUGCCAGAUGUUCAAGACCAGACAUUGCUGUUAGCUGUAAUUUGCUAAGCAGACAAGUCAACAAUCCUAGUGUCAAGGAUUGGAAAGCUCUGAAACGCAUAGCGCGGUAUUUGAAAGGCACUAUGCAUUACAGACUGAGAUUUAACAAUCAGAAGUCUGGUGGUCUUGAGAUAUUUGCAGAUGCAAGUUUUGGAAGUGACGCUACAGACAGGAAAAGUACGGCUGGAGUUUGCUACAUGUACAAUCAGAGUCUGUUUGAUUGGUCAUGCAAGAAGCAAACAACAGUUAGCUUAAGUACUUGUGAAGCCGAACUGAAUGCACUGUCUUAUUCACUUAAGGAUUGUGAAUGGUUAGUACAAUUGUGCAAAGAUAUGAAAAUUCCUGUCAAAUGUCCAAUCCAGGUUUACCAGGACAACAAAGCAUGUUUGGCUUUGCUGAAGUCUGAAGGUUGUAAGCAAAGCACAAAGCACUUACAAUUAAAGUUGCAGCAUGCUAGGGAAUGUAUUCAGAAAGGACUCGUAACAGUGUCCUAUAUGCCAGGUAAUGAAAUUCCUGCUGAUGUAUUGUCCAAGAUUGUAUCAAGGGAUCAACACUGUACCUAUGUGCAGAAGUUGGGUUUGUACUGAUAUUGUGCAAACACGCUGCCCAGUGAUGUUCACAGAAAGGGGAGGAUGUUGGUUUCUGCUUUCCUUCACUGUGCAGCUCUGCUUGUCACGAGACAGGUGUUUACAUUCCACAGUCUGUACUGUUGGAGUUUCUCACGGGAAAGGGAGACUGGAUGUGACGUACACUGGUUUUCCUGUUUUUCACUGUGUGAUUCUCUCCGAGCUGUCGAGGAGAGAGGAUGCAUUUUUCUGCUCCUGCAGAGGCAAGAUGUCUUUCUGUAAUAUACCAGCUUUGAACUGUAAAUAAAGCUAUAUAGAGUAUGUAUCACGUACUCCUCAUCCUUCCGCUGGGCACCAGUCUCUGCUUUAAAUCAACAACUACUACUCCUUUAUUUCCCCCUUUGUUCCUGGUAUAGAUCUUCGCUCAUCACUUUCUUUUGAACUAACUCAUGGGCUGCAGGCUUAUAAUUUAUGUUAUCACAGGAGUAAGUAUUUCUAUCCAUAUAUUUGGAGAUUGGCUGCUCUGAAUCCAAUGUCUUGAGUUUGGGAGGGAGUGGGGAAGAACACAGGGAAUAUUCAGUCAGGCGCUGGUCCUAUGUUACCAGUGUUUGUACAGCCCUGUGCAAGUCCUACUGAAGUGAAUGGAGAUCGUGUUGCAUUUAGCAUGGUGCUUGCCUUAUUUGAACUGCCUGGGGAAGUAGACACAGUAUUAAUAAAAGAGCCAAAAACACACCCCUUACUACAGUCAUAUGCUUCCCAAAGAUGGUGGGGGUGGGGGGAAAUGGGUUACUGGAAAUCAUAGAUUAUGAGAAUGCUGGGUUAAGAAGUCCCUUGCCUUCUGUCUUUCUGAAGCCAUGCUAAAUCACUUGAAAGAAAGAUUGGUAAAAAGGAACUAUAAAAACCGCUGCAUUUUCCCAAGGUCAAUUGGCUUUGUAGCCAAAGAUUGAAAAUGCUGAACAGCGGCUCCUCCUGCUGGUUGAAAAGCUGCUUGUGCCUUGUCAACAGAAUCCGUGGUAGUGAGGAAUGAUCAAAGUGCUUGUAAUGAAUCUAGUUAUUUCCCGCUUUUGAACUGGGCAUUAGGCAGGCACAACUUUUUUUCUGGCUACAUCUGUGCUAAAUGCAUGUGUAAUUCCGCUGACUUCUGUUAAACUAGCUCCGAUUAGCAUAAGCUGUGUGGAUUCUAUAAUGCAGCACAUCAUUUGUUGACCAAGUCUAUCCUUUCCGCAGCCUAUCGAAUCGACAGGUUAUGCAUACAGACAGGAGCUGAAAGACAGUAGAGUUUAUUGUUCCUUAGCUUUUACGAUGUGUUUUUCUCACUGUGGAUUGUUUUUAAAGCCCCUUCUUUUAACCCAAGUAUACCUACUGUGUAAAAAAAACCACAGAAAUCAGAGAAACCAAAUAGAUGGGUAUUUUUAACCGUUUAUUCAAGAUUUUAACAUUUCAACAUCCAACAGUUUCCCUUAGUUUUCCCUCCUCACCUUCCACUGUCUAUCUCCCCCAACCAAAGAUGGUCUCCUCUUAAAUAGUUUAACCAACUCUACUAAGAUUUUUAAAAAAUGCAAAAUAAAAUAAUCUAUACAACAUAAAAAGUAUAUAAAUAGAUUAAAUUAUAGUCUGUUCAGGGUGAUAUGUUUCCCAUUCCAUUGGGCUCCAGGUAUUAUUCUGCAAACAACUCUAAGGGAGAAAUCCUAUAGCAAGUUCCGCUGGGAUGAGCGAGUUAGGCUCUAAUGAAUCUCUCAAUCUGAAGGGUACACCAGUUUAUCUCCCUCAUUCUUGAUUUAUUUGGAAAAACAGCAGUUGCCUUCUUUUGGAAGAAGCUGUAAUAAUAAUAAUAAUAUAUUGCUCUUCCAUUCAGUAUUGAGUUUUGCUUCCUAAAGGAAAUUGACCCCAACUGAGUUUUAGCUGAUUAAUUUAAAAGUUACCAUCAUACUGUUUUUUAAUGCAUUUUACUAGACCUGUGUGACGUGGGACGGAGAUAAACUUCUUUGUGUACAGAAAGGAGAAAAAGAAGGCCGUGGCUGGACCCAGUGGAUUGAAGGGGACGAAAUGCACUUGGUAAGGACAUGCAAUGUUUCAAAUAUAUUUCCCUCACCUCUCUCCACUCCCCAAAGUCUUUAUUUGUUCAUAUGGCUAAAUGCAAUAAUCCGCAAUUUGCUUGUGCAUUAUGCUGGCUAGCUCUGGAGUAAUUAAGCAUUGCAUUGUGUUUGAUUUACUUCUAAGGCAAUAAUCUCUUUCCUGUCCCUGUCAUAAAUAGCAGCAUUCUGAAUUCAGCAAAUCUUUAUAUUAACCGUCAAAUUGCUUUGAUCCGUUUACACAAGAGAAAGCAUGUAACAGAAGUGCCCUUGACUCGCUCUGUGAUACAAACUGUGUGUGGCUGGGGAAGAUUUUUGCAUCCCAAACCACAGGUCAUAAGUGGAAGGAGGGAGCUAUUUUCUUUUCUUUUUAAGGCUAGAAUUUUUUUGUAGCUUAGGAAAUGAAAGAGAGCAAUUCCCUUUUGAAAGUAUUAUUUUCUUUCUAACCAUUAUUUCUGACUUUCUGAGAUAGCAGGACCUAAUAAAGUUUACUGCUGCUGCUUUUUCAAGUAUGUUGUUUAUAGCCCUCUUGAAAGUCCUCUUCCCAGAGGGAGCUACAAACCCAUCCCUGAGAAAUUACUGCCUACUAAAUGCACUUCACCAUUUGUUUAGGAUGCUAACUUGGUAAACAUCCAGGUGAGCCACUGAGAUUGUAGAUGGAUGGAGCUUUCAAGUUUGAAUUUCCAUUAAAGCCAACAGAACGAGCUAUAGUAAAUGAGAGAGAGAACAGUUGGGUUGGAACUUGGAGACAUGCUUCUGAAUCUCACCGCAGUCUUUAUUGCAUAACUCUCAAUUUCUUCUCCAUCUGUAAAAUGAGACAACAGUUUCAACGCCAGCACUCUAAUCCUAGGAAUAUUUAAUUGGAAGCCGGUCCUAUUGAUUCUAAUGGCAUGUGCUUCCAAGAGAGGCUCUGUGCAGGCAUUGCAAUUAGGGAGGGCAGCUGGAGAAGCAGGCUAUCUCUGCUCCCUCUGCUGCUUUUUCAGUCACCUGGGAAAGUAGCAGGGAGCCUUUGAUAUCACACAUUUGCGGGUUAUAAAGUGUGCAGGGUCCACGCACACUUCAGACAGUUGCAACAGAGGUCACAGAGCUAGUGCACUUAUUCCUGCUGUCCCCAUAUAUUUACAUUUUCCUAAUUAUAUGGGACUUAAGUGAAAUUAGGAUCUCAUCCUUAGGGGCAAACUAGGUAUUGAUAAUAAUGUAUUGUAAUGGUCAGGCCAAUGGCAGCUUUCUACUCAGGAUCAGUAACAGCUGGCAGUGACCAUUUUUACCAGGAGCACAGUGAAGAGUUGACCUUUCCUGUGGUGCUAAUCUUGACUGAGCCCUCAUGAAGCUGUUGUUUUAAAAGUAAAAGAUAAGACACUUUAAAAUGUCAGUGCACACUCACAUUUAACAGGAAGUUUAGUUCAGCCAUUACUGUAUAGUAUUAUAAAAAAUUAUGGUGAUAAUAACGCCGCACAUUUCUCCUUCUGCUAAUUUUCUGUAGAAUUCAUACCUGAAAGAAUCUGCAUGAUAAUCCUGAAGCAAAUAUGUAGCUUGUUUUGAUUAAAGCAUUGCCAGGACUGCAGCCAUUAUCAGUACGGGGGGGGGGGGAGUAACUGGUGUGUCUGUUGCAGAGGGGGUUCCUAAAUAAAGAAUAGGGAAAUGGUUUCCGUGUCUCCAUUUGUAUGUAAUAUGGUGCUGCACUCACUUAGGGAGCCUCACUUUAUCUUGCCUACUGUAGGCUUCACUCCAUAAACUUCCCCCAUAAGCACGGGACACCUUUGCCUGGCGGUGCUGUGACCCAUAGAUUGCAGCAAAAUACGGGGCAAGGUUUUGCCCAGUAUCUUGUUUGUGUGGUGGGCUCAUGGGAAAAAGCUGUCCCAUGAGCCUUGCAAAGGAGAGGGGAAUGCCUUAAUAAGGCUGCUUCCCCUGGAACUCAGGGCCAUUUUGCCUUGAGAGCUCCCUGGCUGCCCACCCUCGGGUUAGAGCCUUCACUGAGCAAUUGUGGGUCCCUGGUUGACAGGGCUGGAAAGGGAUAUUUCUCUCAACUUGAUUGGUACAUGGUUGAGGGAUUUCCCCCCACCUUUCCCUCAAUGAAAUUACAGCCUUCCUUUGUUAGGCAAAGAACAUUGUUUGUGUGAGGGCGGAAAUGGCAUUGAGCAGGAUCAGCAUUGUACAGGGGGUCCCCAUAAGUAGCCUGAGGACAUAAUUCAUCAAGGCACUCCCAAGCUCGGGUUGGGGUUUGUGCCUGGUAGAAAUCUGCACCUUGGUUGCCCUGUGAGACUUUGCUUGCUGGGCUUGUACCAUGGCAAGGUUCAACACUGGCUGACUCGCACAGAACAGGUUUGGGGAGGUCCAAUCCCGGCAGAUCCAUUCCAUCAACAUGGGGCUUAACCCUUGCCCUGUCUGCUGCAGUCAAUAAAGAUUUGGCCUGAUUUUAUCCCAUCACUGUUCCACAUUCUUGUUAUUUUGCUGCUCUCAUGGGUCACAUAAUGUGUCUACUUGGCAAAUAAUUUCCCACCACUAGGGCUGUAACUUCUUCAUGAGACCAUAAGUUAAGGAGCAGUAACUAGAAAGAGUGGUGUGUUGGGAGUGGAGUCUCUGGUAACGUGAUUUACCGGCAAGCCACUUAGAUCCUUGGGUUUCCAAGCCUUACUCUACUCUCCAAGUGUACCUCUAAGAGAACUAUGUUACAGUCCUAUCUGUGUGUCAGAAAUGAAUCCCUUUGAGUUAAGGGAGUUUACUCAAACAUAAGUGGACUACAGCAUUAGGUGCUGACCAAAUUCACAUCUACUUUCAACUAGUUAUGCACAUCAGGGGUUUGAGUGGGGGAUAGAUAGAUAGAUAGGUGAUAGAUAUUUCUAAACUGCCAUAUCCUAAUCCACCAUUGUUUGUAUUUUAUUUAUGCUUUUUGACAGCUUAAAUUAUCACUUCUCUUACCUGCUUCUGAAAGCAUCAUUCAUCUUUCCUCCCCUCCUCAAUUUUUUUUUUAAUACUUCUGCUGUGUUAUUAAUGUAUUUGGAUAUCUCAUCUUCACAUGCUUGUAUCUUUGAGAGUUUCUGAAUAUGUAGGGCAUUCAGGCACCAUAAAAAUUAUUCUAUGAUGCUUCAGUAAUAAUUUUAUGGUCCUAUUGAACUUCAGACAAUAUUCCAAAUGUUAAUUAAUUAAUCCUUUUAUAACGUCUAUUAAGUGAUCUGCCAUAAGCUUUCGGCAUUUAUUCACCAUUCUUUCCAGGCAGAUUAUUUUCCAAGUCAGCAUUUUUUAGUUAAUUAAAACAUACACAUCUUAUGUUAACUCCCAUUCCACUUUAGGCUUUAUUUCUCUGCCGCUGUCAAGUCGUUCCUGAGUUUUUUCUGUAUUGUGAUAUCCCUUUCUCUUCAAUAGAUAGCCCAUUGUUGUGAGAUCACACAUCCUGGCUGCAUUUACUCCUUUAUCAAAUCCAUUGACACAAAAAAUGAACAGAAUGUGUGCCAGUAUUUUUUCAUUUGUUGAAUCAUUUCCAUUCAGUCUGUCCCACUUUCUGGUACUUUUUGAAAUCUAAAGUGCACUUUCUUCCCUCUUCCAGUUCCAUUCAGAGCACUCACCUGCUUUAGGUCACUCACCCCAGGAAUGGAUUUUCCUCAACUAGAUUAAUAUUUUCUGUGAAGUGAUAUCAAAAGUUCUUCUUUAGACUGAGAAAAUUAUGCCCAUAGCAUCCAGGUCAUUUUUUUUUUAAGUGUUAUCUUAUAAAAUAACGUUAACUUUGUCCAAAAGUAUCUCCUUUAAAAAUACAAGUUUGAUCUUUUCUAAUAAAUCAAAGGCAUCUCAAUUCCUUUCCCAAACCUCUCCUUUUAGGUGCAAAUAUCCUAUUCUCUAUGGGGACUACUCAGGUUGAAGGUUAAGAGAUUCUUGAAACACCUCCAGAAUGCUUCCUUUAGUCUAAAGGGCUUUGGAGUGUAUACGUUGGAAACUUCAACUGGUGCACAAAAUGGCUGUUGGAUUGUUAACAGCCGUUUGAUCAGAGGCAGACCUUGGGGUCUCAAAUUUCAAUGGCACCCUGUGUGGCACCAAAAUUCAGCGCCCCCCAACCUUUCACCUUCCAUUCUACAACAUAAUUCUGGUGCCCAGUGCAGGCGAAAGUGUGGCACUCCCCUAAAUCCACUUCUGGUUUGAUCAUACUGUGCUUCUCUUUGCCUGCCUGCACUGGGUUCUGAUUUUGUUUCCAGGACCGAGGUGCUGAUUUUAAGUUUAAAAACCAGCUUGGAACCCCUGAUGAAAAGCCUCUCCCUUAUGUUCCUACCCAGCUUGGAACCCCUGAUGAAAAGCCUCUCCCUUAUGUUCCUACCCAGCCCACAUUGCCAUCUCCAAAGGCCCUUCUCAGCCCACUGAGGUGCAAUGAGAGAAAGGAGGGAGGAUGUGCCACAUAGAUAUAAAAGAGUAGAAUGAAGUGUCUUGUUAUCUGGAUAGCUAAUAUCUUCAUUCAUACUGAGAAAAUAUUUUAAAAUGUCCCCAGAUAAGCGUUUAUGUUUGUGAAAGGGGCACACGCUCCCAAUGUAAUCAUUCAGCUAUUUCUGUUUGACUAUGAAUACUAUUCGAUUCUAAGGAAGACAUCAGUGUUUAUCUACGAAGAACACAGUGUUUGAAGAAGUAGCAUUUAAGUAUUGACUUUUCUUUUUCAGGAAAUAAGAGCUUGUGGCGUCAAAUGUAAGCAAGUAUUUAAGAAGGUACAGUGA